CAGCUCCCGCCACGUCAGUCUGCAGGUGUAAUGAAGGAGAAGACGUAGAGACGAGGAAUCCUAAUCUUAUCGCAUAGGCGUCAUUGCAUUCCUUAGGUUUUGCCUGUGAAGAGACAGUCUACACUCCGGGACCGCCCACCAAAGCCAGCAGCCAUGGCUGUAUAGCGGCGGCAGCAGCCAGCGGCUCCCACCUCCCCAGGCCAGUGCAAGGCGGCAGCACCCAGCGGCGCUGGCAGUACCCGGCUUCGGCACAAACAUGGCGCUUCCCAAAGUAUCCCGCAGCAGCAUUGCUGUAUACCAGAAAAGCUCAAAAUCCACAUUCUACCUGAAAAAUCUGCUACCUGAACAAGAUGAGCCUAUUGAGCGAAGAGAUGUUGUUGGGGGACUUCUCGUCCCCCUUCAACCAAUCGUUUUUGGAGGCUGAGGAAAGUUUGGGUCUCUUGGAUGACUGCAUCGAGGAGCCCGGGUACCUCCCAUUGCAUGGGUUGUCCAGCGGUAAGGCUAAGAAUGGCGUCUCCGGUUUGCUGCUGCCUCUGGAGGACUCUCUUGGCAGUUUCCAGGGAGACGCCUUCUCCGGCAUGGAUUGGAUGGUGGAAAAAAUGGACCUGAAGGAGUUCGACUUUGAUUCCCUGCUUGGGAUGGAAGAUCUAGAAUCCACCGUCUCACCAGAUGAGCUCAUGGCCACGCUGGAUGACUCGUGUGAUCUCCUAGAGGACCCACCUCUCCCAGUGGUGUUUUGCCAAUAUGUGCAAUCACCAGACAAAAUCUCUCUUGCAGAAAACUCACUGGAGGCAGAUCAGGUGGCCCCUACGACUCCAAAUGCUAGACAGUCCCAAGUCUCCAGUCCAGACCAUUCCUUUAUCUUGGAUGUAGGCAGUGAGGUAGAUGUUGCUGAGGAGGACAAAAGGUCCCCUGCUACAUAUACCAUUGAAGUUGUAAAGAGUGAAAAGGAAGAAGUGUCAGAUAGUGACAGUGGCAUAUGUACGAGCCCAUCAUACCUAGGAUCUCCUCAGCAAAGUCCCACAUCUACUGUUGAGUACCCUAGUAGUGUUCAGUCCCCUCCUACAUCCCCCAUUUCUGAGAGACCCAAACCCUAUGAUCUUCCCUCUAAGGAUAGAGAAGUAUUGGCAAAGGUAAAAGCUGUAGGGCAACCCAAAGUAGACAAGAAGAAGAAGAAAAUGGAGCAGAACAAAACAGCAGCCACUCGCUACCGGCAAAAGAAGAGAGCAGAGCAAGACUUAAUAUCUGCAGAGUGCAGAGAACUGGAAUCAAAAAAUGACACCCUUAUGGAGAAGGCAGAUUCUUUAGCAAAAGAGAUCCAAUAUCUGAAAGACCUGAUAGAAGAAGUCCGUAAGGCCAAAAGUAAACGAGCAAAAAGUUCUUAGGUUAGGAGAAGGUUUGGGAGCGCUGUGUAUGUUGUAUAUAUUGGUUAUGUGGUUUAACGUGCAUGAAUGUCUACUUAAUAAAUUAUUUUAUAGUUAAA